AUGAAGGUUUCAAGUUUUUCAACCAUGAUAAUUCUCUUAACCAUUUCCUCCAUAUUUUCCAUGCAACCAAUCCAAUGUCAUUCACCAACGCCAGAUAUGAUCGAGGACGUAUGUAAAAAAACAAGUCAAUACCAACUUUGUCUCAUAACAUUAAAAUCAAAUUUAUAUUCACAUCAUCUAAAAUCACACGAAGACAUUCCUGGAUUUGUUCGGAUAACACUCCAAGUGAUCGCGGCGCGAGCACCCGUUGUAUUAGAACAAAUUCAAGACGUGUACUUGCAAACCGAUCACACACAAUUGAAAGCAGCUUUGGAUAAUUGCAUCACAGCUUAUGUCAAAAUCACAAAAGAGCUUAUUCCACAGGCUCAACAAUGUCUUGAUAAAGGUGAUACUAUUGGUGUGAAAGAAAAAGCUACUUUGGCUGGAACUUUGGCUGGGUCUUGUGAGCAAAAAUGCAAGGGGACUACUACUUCUGGUAUUUCUCCACUUGGGGAUAGUGGUGAGUUUGUGCAGAAUAUGUGUUCAAUUGCUGCCUCCAUUGCUAGCAUGCCUCAACCAACUCAUUAA